UAGGAUCUGGAGGCUGGAUUCUACCCUCGUGUCUCUCCCUAGGAUUUCAGAGUCCUGUUGUAAUUAACCAUUUCGUUAAGGUUGGUUCUUUCCGUGAAUGUGUUAAGAAUUCAUAUAUGUCCUGGAUGUCCUGGAAUUAACAGGAUUCUUAAAGAAAUCAUGGUGUACAUACUCUAGGAUAAGUGAGAUUUACAAGUCCCUGGAUGAAACGCUUGGGAAGUCUUUAAAUGCCAGAAUUGACUGCCAUUUCAAAGAAAAGAAGAUAGAUGGUUUUGGAAAGUUCAUGCUGUUUCUUCAUUGAAUUUUAGAAUGAUUGAAGAUAGUGGGAAAAGAGGAAAUACCAUGGCAGAAAGAAGACAGCUCUUUGCAGAGAUGAGGGCUCAAGACCUGGAUCGUAUCCGACUCUCCACCUAUAGAACAGCAUGCAAGCUGAGGUUUGUUCAGAAGAAAUGCAAUUUGCACCUGGUGGACAUUUGGAACGUCAUAGAAGCAUUGAGAGAAAACGCUCUGAACAACGUGGACCCAAACAUGGAGCUCAACGUGGCCCGAUUGGAGGCUGUGCUCUCCACCAUCUUUUACCAGCUCAACAAAAGGAUGCCAACCACACACCAAAUCCAGGUGGAGCAGUCCAUCAGCCUCCUGUUAAACUUCCUGCUGGCAGCCUUUGAUCCGGAAGGCCAUGGUAAAAUUUCAGUAUUUGCUGUCAAAAUGGCUUUAGCCACGUUGUGUGGAGGGAAGAUCAUGGACAAAUUAAGAUAUAUUUUCUCAAUGAUUUCUGACUCCAGUGGGGUGAUGGUUUAUGGACGAUACGAUCAGUUCCUACGGGAAGUUCUCAAGCUACCCACGGCAGUUUUUGAAGGUCCUUCAUUUGGUUACACAGAACAGUCAGCGAGAUCCUGUUUCUCUCAACAGAAAAAAGUCACCUUGAAUGGUUUCUUGGACACGCUCAUGUCAGAUCCUCCCCCGCAGUGCCUGGUCUGGCUGCCCCUUCUGCAUCGACUGGCAAACGUAGAAAAUGUCUUCCACCCGGUUGAGUGUUCGUACUGCCACAGCGAGAGCAUGUUGGGCUUUCGCUACCGAUGCCAACAGUGUCACAAUUACCAGCUCUGUCAAGACUGCUUCUGGAGGGGGCAUGCUGGUGGUUCCCAUAGCAACCAGCACCAAAUGAAAGAGUACACGUCCUGGAAAUCACCUGCUAAGAAGCUAACCAAUGCGUUAAGCAAGUCUCUGAGCUGUGCUUCCAGUCGUGAGCCCUUGCACCCCAUGUUCCCUGACCAGCCUGAGAAACCACUCAACUUGGCCCACAUUGUGCCACCCAGACCUGUAACCAGCAUGAAUGACACCCUGUUCUCCCACUCUGUCCCCUCCUCAGGAAGUCCUUUUAUUACCAGGAGCUCUCCUCCCAAGGACAGUGAAGUCGAGCAGAGCAAACUGCUGGCUAGGGCUGCUCCAGCUUUGCUGAAGGGCAAAGGGAUACAGUACAGCCUGAAUGUGGCAGACAGGCUAGCUGAUGAACAUGUUCUCAUCGGGUUGUAUGUCAACAUGCUCCGGAACAACCCAUCAUGUAUGCUUGAGAGCUCCAACCGGCUUGAUGAAGAGCACCGGCUGAUCGCCAGAUAUGCGGCCAGACUGGCGGCAGAGUCCACUUCGUCUCAGCCAACUCAGCAGAGGAGUGCCCCUGACAUCUCCUUCACCAUUGAUGCAAAUAAGCAACAAAGGCAGCUGAUUGCAGAACUAGAGAACAAGAACAGAGAAAUCCUACAGGAGAUCCAGAGGCUGAGGCUAGAGCAUGAACAAGCUUCUCAGCCCACGCCGGAGAAGGCGCAGCAGAACCCCACUCUGCUGGCAGAGCUGCGGCUCCUCAGACAGCGCAAGGACGAGCUGGAGCAGAGAAUGUCUGCCCUCCAGGAGAGCCGGAGAGAGCUAAUGGUCCAGUUAGAAGGUCUCAUGAAACUACUAAAGGAAGAAGAAUUGAAGCAGGGAACCCAGGGGGCAGGCUCCCCCCGCUCCUCCCCUAGCCACACCAUCAGCAGGCCCAUCCCCAUGCCGGUGCGGUCCGCGUCCGCCUGCUCCACCCCGACCCACAUGCCUCAGGACUCACUUACGGGGGUAGGGGGAGACGUACAGGAGGCGUUUGCACAAAGCUCAAGAAGAAAUUUAAGAAAUGACUUGCUAGUAGCAGCAGAUUCCAUCACAAACACCAUGUCCUCUCUCGUGAAAGAGUUAAAUUCCGAGGUGGGAAGUGAAACUGAUAGUAACGUGGAUUCUGAAUUUGCACGGACUCAGUUUGAAGAUCUGGUCCCAUCACCAACCUCUGAAAAAGCUUUUCUAGCACAAAUCCAUGCCCGAAAACCUGGGUACCUUCACGGUGGAGCUACCCCGAGCACCAUGCGUGGGGACAUGGUUACAGAAGACGGGGACCCCUACGUGCGGCCAGAGGAUGAGAACUAUGAAGAUGACUCCGUCCGGCAGCUGGAGAACGAGCUGAAGAUGGAGGAAUUCCUAAAACAGAAGCUGCAGGAUGAGGCCUACCAGCUCCACGUCAGCCCUGAGACCAGACUCAAGCACCCCUGUCCUGUAAACGAGACAAAAUGGCGUGCGUUAUUUUGGGUUUUCGUGUUUUUGGGCGGGUUUCUUUCCUUGGCUCUCCAAAUCUACUUUGGGGGCCUGUUCUAAGUGCAAACCCAGCAGGUGUCACCUGUCCUGUCCAUUAGGUACAGUUCUGUCUGGCCAGGGUUGUUUCUUUCUUGUUCCACGAUGAAUUGCACAUCCAUCUCCAUUAGAGGUGAUGCCCUAUUAAUGAGCACUGGUCUAACACAGCCAACCCUCCCCCACGGCGCCGUGUGAAUGGAGGGAGGGAGGAGGGUGAAAUCUACUGUAGGGGAUUCAGGAAUCAGUUGUGGUUGGUCAGGACGGAAGUCGGGGUAAAUGUGGUUGGUCAGAGGGAGAUGUGCUGGAGAUUGUGAAAAAUGGAUUCUCGAGAGAUCUACUAUAAGACAGGGAAGGUUCAUCUGUAAGUAGUAAUGUGAACUGAACUACAUAAGAGUGUGGCCUUUGUUGUGAUAUACUUGUGUUUUCUUAUAUGCAUGAGCCAAACUGUUGCCUCAUCAUUUAGCACUGAUGUCUGCUUUUAUUUGGAUCAUCUUUGUCCACCCUUAUUAGUUCCUGGCUGUUAACUGUAGGUAGGCGUUGUAGAUCCCGCAGCCUUUGGUUGCUGCAGUCACCUUGGUUCGAUUCCGCACAAACAACUCCAUGUCCUCAGAAGAAAGGGCAUUUUUACCUUUGAACCAAAAAGAGGGGAAAAAAGAAAAUCAGAGGUAUCAUAUCCUGAGGCUAAUUAACUCUAAGACAUUUUUAAUUAUGACUACUGUAAUUUGACGCCAUUUGAAGUAACCAAUUCAGAGACACUAACGAUUUCACAACAUUCAUGGGUAUGUAACAAAACUACUAUUGUAUGGGUUUUUUGUAUUGCUGUUAAGUAUUGUUUUGUGUGUCUGUGUGUGUGUUGGAACCUCCUGGGGACAUGUUAUAUUUUGAAGUGAUUAAACUAUUUAAUUGUGUGUCUAUAUUUUGGAAUGGAAUUAUUUCUUCAUUAAAAAAUGUUUUUAAAAACACUA